AAAACCAGAACAAACCUAAUUCUAUCUAAUCCAUAGAUCAUUUCUCAAAUUCCGUGGUGUGUGGUAAUUUUUUUAUGAAACCUUGAUAAUUUUUUGUACUUUCUGUGACUGUGUUUUGUAAAAGUGCAAAAAGUCACAUUGUGCUGUAGUUUCAAAUUGUUUUUCAAUUUAAUGACGCUAAUGACGGUAGACGUAAAAAGUGAUUUUUAUUAAACACAAGAGUUGGCCAGUAUCCGAUUACCCACAAUUCGUUGACAUCGAAAUUGGUUUUGCUGGAAAUUCGCUUACCGUUUUCAAAUUUAUUAUAAAAACAUCCAAGGAAAUGUCAAAACAGAAAGAGAAUCGCUGGUCCAAUUAUGCAUUGAGAAUUAUUGUUAAUACUGUUUCUCACCCAUUCGAAUAUGCAAAAGUGCUCAUUCAGAUCGGAUACGAACCUAUUGCUCCCACACCAACUAAAACUCUUUUUGGAAAACCAGCAUACAAAUUGCCUAAUAUUUUUGAAUAUGUGAAACAUAUCAAGUCAGUUGAUGGGUUCCGAGGCUGUUAUGUUGGUAUGUUCCCUAAAAUAUCUGGAAAUCUUCUUAGUGCAGUGGUUACCCAAAGGCUCGCAGAUUAUCUUGAACCUCCAAGCGAAGAAGAAAAUUUUGAUGAAGAAUCUUCCGAAGAGGAAAAAAGGAUCAAAUAUAUCAAAGGUGUUAGAUGUGAUCUGAUUACACAUACUGCUGCCAUUGUUGUCAGCCAACCAUUCCAUGUCAUCACAGUGCGAAUGAUGGCUCAGUUUGUAGGGAGGGAAACUAAAUAUAUUGGACUAUUUGGCUCGAUACGAGAGGUCUAUCAGCAGAAUGGAGUUUUGGGAUUCUUCAGUGGAUUGGUUCCAAGAUUGUUAGGCGAUAUAUUAUCUUUGCUGUUAGCUAGCAGUUUAACAUAUGCUAUAAAUCGUUACUUAAUUGAAGAGAAGGAACUGAAAGUUUAUACUUCUGCCACAAUGACUUUUGUGGCAUCUGCAAUUACGUACCCAUUCCAAGUGGUAUCAAAUUGUAUGGCAGUAACAAAUUCUGGGCUCAUGGCGGGAUCUCGUUUGAUGCCACAUUAUACUACUUGGAUUGAUUGUUGGUCAGAUUUAGCGAGUAGGAAUCAGCUGAAACGUGGAUCUAGCCUGCUGAUUCGUUAUUACGUUGGACCAUCAAUCAUCAAUGACACAUUAAGUUCCUUCCCCGUGCAAGAAAAAUAUAUCUCAUAAAAUGUGUUUGUUGAUUCGUAGUAUGUUAUAUAAUGUGAAAAUCAUGUCUGUAAAUAUUAUAUUUUUUUGGCUGUAUUCUUUGUAAUUCCUGCCAAUAAAUUAUUGUUUUUAAAGUAA